UUGGAUUUGCUCAAGUCUAUGUUGAGAGAAGCCGAGUGGUCUAGUAACGAGUCAACACCAAGCUUGGAGGAUUACAUGAAAAAUGCGUACAUAUCAUUUGCAUUAGGACCAAUUAUUCUCCCAGCUACUUAUCUGAUCGGACCACCACUUUCCGAGAAGACAGUGGAUAGCCACCAAUAUAAUCAGCUCUACAAGCUCGUGAGCACCAUGGGUCGUCUUCUUAAUGACAUACAAGGUUUUAAGAGAGAAUGCAAGGAGGGGAAGCUGAAUGCGGUUUCAUUGCACAUGGAACACGAGAGAAACAGUCGCAGCAAAGACGAGAUCAUUGAAUCGAUGAAAGGUUUAGCAGAGAGAAAGAGGGAAGAAUUGCAUAAGCUAGUUUUGGAGGAGAAGGGAAGUGUAGUUCCAAGGGAAUGCAAAGAAGUGUUUUUGAAGAUGAGCAAAGUAUUGAACUUAUUUUACAGGAAGGAUGAUGGAUUCACAUCACAUAAUCUGAUGAGUGUUGUUAAAUCUGUGAUCUACGAGCCAAUUACCUUGCAGGACGAAUCUUUAACUUGAUCUGGCAGGUCAAAAAUAAGACUUUCGUCUUCUUUUUUA